GCAUGCAGUUGACCCUGGAGACAUCGCCAUAAUGCUUGAGUAUGAGACAGUCAGAGUUGAACUGGUGCAGCUGAGUCCUCCAGCAGGUGAAGCUCUGGCCUGCUUCGAGGAAAAUGCUCGACAUUUCUUAUUCCCUGAGCCCAAACUGGUUCCCUCCUUCUCUGGAGUGGACCAAGAGGUUCUGAUGACCCGAGCCCCUCACUUUCCUGGUAUUGCUCCAAGACUGGAGUUUUCCACCAAAACAACCAUCAUUGAGUGCUCAGUUGAUGCAGAGACAAACCAUCACCCCAAUAUACCCAUGAGGCCAGUGGUGAAGAGGCCCAGGAAACGCUCCAGCAGGCCGAGGACCUCCUCUCCACGGAGGAAACGGUCUCAGACCCUGGAGAGGAGACGAGACGGCGGGAUGGCCAGAGAUCAGCGCAACACGGCUAAGUCGGCAGCAGAGGCUCUCAGAUCCCGGUCCCUGUCCCCACUGAGAGCCGGAAACAACCAGCAUUUGACCCGGUUCAGCCUGGACUCCAACACCGCUGACCGGGCUAAGUGGGACACAGUGGCCACCUCCCAUCCGGCAACAGCAACCAAAACAGCUCCUGCUUUCCUGAACUCCCUCAUCCCGCUCACUAUGCUGCUGAUGAAAGACGUCUGGUACGACCACCGCAUGGCUGAAAGUCACUAG